GUUCUGUUUCGCUGCUCAAGUCGGUGGCGCCGCAAAGCCUCUCGCCUCGAAGGGUUUCUUCCUCCGCCUCGCCGUCCGCGCGCUGUUCCCCACUACCGUCCGCGCGAAGCGAGACAAGGCGGCGGCGAAGAGAGCCACCCCUCCUCAGAGGAUGAUCACCACGGCUGCGCCAGAGGGCGUCGCGCAGCCACCUGCCGCGGCCAAGGGUUCCAAAGGAGAGGCGGAGAGGAAACAGAGCGACGCACAGGGAAGAGGAGGAAACGGCGGUGGCGGUGGUGGCGGCGGCGGCAGCGGCGGCGGCGGCGGUGCAGAUGGCGGGGGUGGAGGUAGAGGGAAGAAGCGGAAGAACAAGGGAGGUGCCUUCAUCUACGGAAACUACAGGAACUACUACGGCUACCGAAUUGAUCGUAACGUCGGUGAAGAUCCCCGCCUUGAGAUAUUCAAGAAGGAGUGGUUUGCAGGCAAGGAUUGUCUCGAUAUUGGAUGCAACCAAGGUUUGGUCACAAUCGGUAUAGCGAUGAAGUUUGAAUGUCAAAGCAUCCUUGGAGUUGACAUUGAUAAAGGUUUGAUUGACCUUGCUAACUGGAAUUUAAGAAGGAUAUCUCGAACAGGCAACAUGGCUCCAGAAAGUGCGAAGGUUCAUAACUCGUCAGACUCCACAACUAAGAGCUAUCCUGAAGAAGUGGUAUCUGAAAUGCCAAAUGGAAAUAUUUCUAAGCACGAACAACCUGAUCUUUUUGAAAUCGUCUCUUUUCGAUCUGAAAAUUUUGUACAGAGCAAACACAAAUAUGCAGAACAGUAUGACACCAUCGUGUGUUUGAGCGUGACAAAAUGGAUCCACCUGAACUGGGGUGAUGAUGGCAUAAUCACUUUGUUUGUGAAGAUAUGGAGUCUUCUAAGACCGGGAGGGAUUUUUAUCAUGGAGCCUCAACCUUGGACCUCGUAUAGGAAAAACAGAUUAGUGUCAGAGUUUGCAAAAGAAAACUUCAAAUAUAUCUGUAUAUACCCUGAGAAAUUCCGGGAGGUACUUCUGGACAAGGUAGGAUUUAGGUCAGCAGAGGUGAUUACCAACAGAUUGGUCGGAUCUGUCGCUGGUUUUGACCGCCCAAUUGAAGUUUACUACAAAUGAUGGAAUGAGAUUAACGCCUGCCUCUUGCUCAGAGGCUCAUGUGGUGCUUCGGGUGCAUAAGUUUGGUGCUGUGGGAUUCGUCGUGCUUCACCGGUGCCUUCUUUGGUACAAAUAUGAUGAUCAAGGUUUUCACAUAACGCUGGAUUAGCAGUUUGUGGAAGUGUCAUUUUCAACAAGCGCCCAAGGAAUGAUAUGGAUAGGGUGGUGGUGGUAUUAGGUACUUUUCGAUAUUUUGCCAGAGUCUAAGCGUUUGUAUAGAUGAAUUUUAGAUGGCAGAGAAAACCUUCCAGUGAUAUAAGAUUUCGCUUCCUAUGAACAGGCUAGUUUUCUCGCGCUCUUACAAUUGCAACCGCUUUAUCGUAUAUAUAAACCGGCAAAUCUUGGUUCGAUUA